UGUCUCGUAAGAAAUAGUACCUGCAUGGACCAGAGCUGGUUACAGGUUUUAAAAUGGACUCCCUCCGCUCCAAGCGUUCUUGAUGUCCACCCUGACGUUUUCCAUGAGGAGGGAAAACUGCUCCCUGUGCUGCGGAUAGAGUGGAUGGUGGCUACUGAUGCAAGCAUUCAGUAUCUCCAGGGAGUGGAGCUGGCUGUGCUACAACUGAACAAUAAUCAACAAAUCUGUGCCCAGUUUGACUUUCAGAACAAUCUGCCACUUCAGGUCCGUCCGGAUGGAGGCCGGUGGAACUUCACUUUCAACCGCUUUGAGGUGGAGCCUGGCCAGAUGUACCAAGUGACUGUCCAUCAUCUGCCCAAACUGGGCACCAGUGGAGACCACAACUGCAAAUCCACAUCUUACACGGUGCCUGAUUGCAAGGACCCUGCGAUGAAAAGAACCAUGCCAUGUAUGAAGACAGGCAGCCUGUGGGAGCCCAGUAUUCAUGGCAAAAGUCUAGAUGACAAUUCUCUGUUGGUGAGUUUUAACCCAGGGAUGGAGUCAGCCCGAUACCGGAUCCAUGUCACCAGUUUCCCAGAUGAUGAAAAGCAAUGUAAAGAGACCACACAUGAUAUUUAUGAGCCUCUGCAGAGUGGACAGCAGCACCGUGUGAAUGUCACUGUCAAAAUCAAGGAGAAUUUAAAAGCCUGUUGCAGAUACAAAGUACAGAUUCAACCAUUCUUUACCAUGUGUGGCACCGACUGUUUGAGACAUUCUGCUGUCAUCCCAUGUCCCUCAGUGGCUCCACCUACAUAUCCUGUAGAUGAUCCGAUUAUGUGGCUAUACUGGUGUAUCACUGGCAUCUGCAUUUUACUGGUGGGAUCAGUCAUAGCUGGUGCUAUUUACAUGACCCGAAGACAAGUAGGCCGCCAGCACAGGAAAUAUAGCAGCCAUGAGCUGUUACCUCCACAGCUGACUCCACCAUCCCUGAGGCCCCGGAAGGUUUGGAUUGUGUACUCUGCUGACCACCCACUCUAUGUAGAUGUGGUACUGAAGUUUGCCCAGUUCUUGAUCACAGUCUGUGGUACUGAGGUAGUCCUGGAUCUGCUGGAAAAGCGUCCGAUUUCAGAGAUCGGGGCCUUACCCUGGCUUACUCGACAGAAAAAAGAAAUGGAAGAACUAUCUUCAAAGAUCAUCAUUUUGUGUUCUCGGGGCACCCGGGCCAAAUGGCAGGCUAUGCUUGGGAAGGAGGGAACAGCUGUCUCUCUCAAGCAGGAUCAAUGGCAGCCUACUGGAGACAUGUUCACUCCAGCCUUGAAUUUGAUCCUACCAGACUUCAAGAAACCAGCUUGUUUUGGCAUGUAUAUAGUCUGCUAUUUUGAGGGCAUAAGUGAGGAUAAGGAUAUUCCUGACCCAUUCAAUGUCACAUCCAAGUACCAGCUGAUGGACAGGUUUGAGGACAUUUACUUUCUGAUCCAGGAUAUGGAGAAGUUUGAACCAGGGCGGAUCCAUCAAAUCCAGGAAAUCACCGCUGAAAACUAUGCUGAAAACUCCAAUGGCUGGAAGUUGAAGGAGGCAGUACAGACAUUCCAAGAAUGGCAGGCAAAGUACCCUGAUUGGUUUGAGAGAGAGAACACAUGCUCAGAAGAUGAGUCUCUGGAUAAGGAAAUACUGGAAGAAUUCAUGCCGGGUAAUGGAGAGGUAAUUAUAAAACAGCAGCUGCAUGUUCAAGAGCCUGAUCCCAAUGGCUGUUGUGCAGUUAGCCUCCAUGUGAAUGAAGAUGAGGGUGGAAAUUUUAAACUGCAGCUUCAGCUUAAUCCACAGGGGAAUCCAACUUCCCAGACCCUGAUGAUUCCCAUGGAUGAGGCACCUCCAGUUCAGAUGGUGGAGCCAAUUUCUAUUACAGGAGGUAAAAAUGCAACUAGUCAUCAGGUGCUGACCAACACAGAUUGGAUGGAAGGAAUCCCUCUGCUGGAGACUAGUGUCCCAAUGAGGAACAGCAUCAUCCUUCAUGAUGAUUUUGAUGUCCCAUCAUCAGACAACCAGAGAUCUGCAGACCACCUCCCAAAUGAAAUGAGGCAGCAGCUGGAGGGGUUAAUGUACUCUCUUUACCAGCAAAGCGUCAUUUCUUCUGAGCCAUCUCUCCGUCAAGAAGAUGCUGAAGAGCAGCAGCAGCAGAUGGCUUUCAAUAACCCAUGCAAAGAUCAGAGACAGUCAGUACAAUCAGACCAGGGCUACAUCUCCAGAUGUUCCCCUUUGCCUCCUGAUGAUCUGGUGGAGGAAGAGGAAGAGGAGGACCAAGAACAGGAAAACAAGAUGCCUUCUCAGUGUCUCUCUCCAGAGGUCUUGGACAGUCUAAAGAGUCUCCAACAGAAGCUGCUUUUCCAGGAAAUUCAGCAGAAAUCUGUCUGGGAGCACAUGGGUGGGAUGAUGGACACAGGUCAUUGUGCAGCGGACUCUUAG